AUGCGGGAUGCGCUUCUGCCCAGACCUGGUCUUAUUCAGUAUUUGAAAGAAGCGGGUUUGAUACAGGCUGAGCCAUCGGACGUGAUGGAGGUUUUGGGCAAGAUGAGAGACCUGGGCAGCGAGCUCAACGGCGCUACUAAGAAUACAGACCACCAAGUCGCUAUCGACGACCUACCCUUCAUUGCGCGCGCCUGCCUCUACACCAGAAACACCGACCCAGUCCGGAAGCUUGGCAAGUCAGUACUAAUCUACGCGUCCGCAAAUGAAAGUGCCGACGCAACUCUGCGUCUCUUGCGGAGUGCUAUGAUACACGACAAGGGCGUCACCUCCCGUCUACGUCAAGCCUACAACUCGCCUGAACUGGCAGUUGCACGCAACCACUUACGAAAGCUCGUCGAGGAGAACCACCCAGAGGCCAUGGUCUUGCAAGCCAGGCGUUUUUCAGAAACUGGUCAGAGAAAAGAGGCGAUUGCAAUGCUCCGAGCCGCAAUUGAGAGCGGCGCCACCGCGCUGCAGCCGUACGAUGAUGAUGCCGCGAGCAUGCACAAGAAAUACUCGAGUCUCUUCUUGCACGAUCUUGACGAGAGCAGGACCGAAAGCCCUUGGACGACAUUGGCUAAGCUAGAGCGAGAUGAGGGCAAUGAGACGGAAGCUGAAGAAGCCUUCCAGUUGGGCGCGGACAAAGAUGAUGAUCCGAGGGCGUUUCAGGCACUCGCUAGCACUGUUCCCCGGUAUUCGCGCACUUGGUUCGAAUACAUGACCAAGGCCGCCUCCUCUGGAUCCUGGACGGCAGCAAAAUAUCUCGGCGAGUUCUACACCGCACCCCUCGCAAGCAUUCCCGUCGAAGACGAAGAACUUCGAACACAGAUGCAGCACUUGGAAGAGAAUGACCAUAAGAUUGAAUGGUGGUAUUACUACCUGAACAAUAGAGAGCUCGAACUUAUCGGGGAACCGCCAGGAACCAAGAUCGUCGGAGCAGACUUCUGGCGCGGCUAUCAUGACCCUGAUCUUGAUUCAGCUACCUACAUGGUGGAGCUCAACCAGCGUCAAGCUCUGGCGUUAGAGUGGUACGAGAUAGCCUGGAGAGGUCAGGCCACUUUUAGCGACGACAGGGACCUCUCGAUCAACCUGGCCAUUCAGGAGAUUAUUGAGAAGGCGCUGCCUCACUCCGGUGAGUUGAAGCAUACAUGGACGGCCAAGAAACGCCACCAUGCUCUGCAUCACUGGACCGACGAAUCGAGGAUGUUUGAGAAUUUCAUGGUUGCAUUUGACGACCUCAAGAAGCGGAUUUUCCGCUGA